AUGGAUCCCCGGUGUGAGAUCGCACUGCCCGAUGCGGUAGCGAUCACGGGCAGGCGCGUGGGGGUGUCUGCGGGUGCCCCACUCGGCGCACCCAAAACGGUAGGCAACGCGGCGAGUGUGCGACGGGUCUGUGCGGGCCAGAGCGACAGGCAGUGCGGAGAAUGCGCUGCAGCAGCCGGCACAAGAGAAGAAGAAACGGGCACGCGUUACGUAACCGCUACGCUACGAGAAUGUCAGCGUGUGUCCCGAUGCAGCAGGGCGUUACCCGAUGCAGCAGGGCGGUACCCGAUGCAGCAGGGCGGUACCCGAUGCAGCCCAUAUCCGGCGGGAUCCUCGCCCGAUGUGGCAGCUGCGGAUGCGCGUUGCCUGAUGCGAUGUCCCGAUGCAGAGGGUGUGUGCGAAUCGGGCAACGGGAUCUGCACGGCCGAUGGCGUUUCCGGAUUGUGCAGCGGUGCCGGCAACGAUUCCGAGGCAAUAAGGUGGUGCACAGAGUGGGGCGCAGUGGAAGGCAUGCUGAGUCAUGUGCGGCAGGCACCGCGGAAACGAAGGGAAGUGGCAGGAAACGAAGAGAAGUGGCCGUCGCGGUCGGAGAUAAACUUAGCUCCGAGGGUGGAGGCCGUCGGGAUAGCGGUUGCCUGGAGGCCGUAUUUGCAUUGCAUUUUGUGCGCUUGA